CAAGUGACACCGCGGAGGCCAUGGACGUCAAGUACCCCAGCGGCUCUGUCAAGAAGGUGAGGCAGGCGGCUGUGGUGCCGGCGGUGCAAGAGGUGAAGUACAACGAGUGCGGCAGGAACCACGCGCUGGCUAGCGGUGGGCAUGUCGUGGACGGCUGCGGGGAGUGGAUGCCCUUGGGGGACCUCAACCCCGUCGACGCGUGGUCGUACAAGUGCGCAGCCUGCGGCUGCCACCGCAGCUUCCACCGCAAGGUGAUGAUGGAGAGGUCGCCGCCGCUGCCGCCCAUGGUGGAGACCGUGCUCCAUGGCCUGCCGCAGCGCAGGAAGGAGGAGACGCCGGAGGACCGGCUGCCGGGCGUCGACUCUGACACCAACUCAGAUGGCACGGAGUACGACUCAGAUGCCACGGAGUACGACUCAGAAGGCACAGAGUACGACGACGAGCGCUCCAUGCCCCGACCACUCCAACCUCAACCCGUGUACCAUCCGGCGCAGGUGACGCAACCGCCUCCCACGUACAUCCACUGGUAG